AUGAGCAUUGCUGAGGAUAAGUGGUCUAUACAUCAAUCUUCUCAAGUUCCACCUUCUUCUCAACAUCAACACCCCGAAAUAUCUUCACAAGUCAGCAGUAUGCCUGCUGAAAACUUUAUGCAAUCCUUUACGUACGAUGGUCAGGCUCCUCAAGGUCAAAUGCAUCAACAAAUUGAUUUUUGUGCCGCGCACGUUUUUUCAGUUAUCAGUUACCACAACGAGCAUAGCAUAAAACCCGCGUUUUAUUUGUGCUUCGUACAAACUGGUUUUGGUUAUGCAAGUUGGGCUGUCCAUUGUAAUAACGGUGUCAUGUUCAUACCACCGAAACAAGAAAUUGAUACGACCCCAAACAGAUCGCAAAAUCAAUAUCAAAGUUCUGUUUCGAUGUCUGCUCCUGUAACCCCUUCUACGCCUCGUCAAAAUGGUUCUCCAAUUGGAACUCCCAUAACGCCAGUUUCCGCACCACCAGAUUGUAAAAAUGAUAAUAGACCUACCAUUACAGCAAACCCAUAUCACGCCACACAAUUUCAACAACAGGUAAUUAGGAAACGUAGGGACAAUUCUUUAGGAUUUCCUCCAGAUGCUGGUCCAUUCUUUUCUCAAACACAACAGCAUCACAACAUAUAUAGUAUGGAUAGAUCUAAUAGUUAUAAGCUUCGAAUCAAUUCAAAAGUUGAUCGUGGAUUCUUCUUAGCUGAUAAUGAUUGGACAUGCUAUCGAAGAAAUUACUUCCAGAUUAGUAGUGCAUUUUCAGUAACGGGAACCUCUCAUGCUAUUAAUGAAUCUGAAGUACCGUGCUUGAUAGAAGUUGAAGGUCAAUUUCAUACGGUCACUCAUUUUUCAUUGGGUAUUUCUGCGCGUGUCUCCAACAGCGAUAAAAAAAUUGAGUUGGUUCAACAUACGCCAAAACGUGACAAAGGACCACAAAUGACCCCUGUGCCAAAACCUAUUCGAGCGGGUGGUAACCUAAACCUAAGUUCCGUGGGAACAAAUACAAAUAUUGUUACAUUUGAACGUAUUCAAUUUAAGACGGCUACUGCUAAUAAUGGUAAACGUCGUGCUGCUCAACAAUACUAUGUAGUCAUGGUAGAUUUAUAUGCUCAUGUUGAAAGUGGUGACCCUUAUAGGGUUGCAACAGCAACUUCAGCACCUUUAGUGGUUCGUGGACGCAGUCCCGGACAUUAUGCUGACAGUCACGAUCGUUUUAAUCCAAUUGGAAUGCAUCCAACAUUCCCAAAUGACGGUCGUCAACAUAUUACUUUCCCUGGACCUAACAGCGCCCCUGGUAUGAUGCCACCCGAUUUUAAUGCUCCACCGUUCCCGGGACCUUAUGGUCAGUACCCUCCAUUUCAAGGCUACCCUCCUAACGGUCCAAUGCGUAAUGACGCCUUAUCUAUAAUGAUGUCGACCGGCGCGCCAAAUCCUGCAGCUCCCCAUUAUCAUUCGCAGCAUCCUCCACAUUAUAUGGUUCAAAACAUUCAUGAAGGAGAAAAUCCCAAUCCGGAAAUGUACAACAAUCCAAAUAUGGACCCAAAUAACUUAGAAGUUUCUACGUCAACAGCACCUGCAACGUUUGCAAAUUUUGAAUCACGACCGAUUACGACGUCGGCUUCAGAUUCUCCCGCUGUUACUGGCGCAAAACCAUAUAUGAAAAUUGAGAUCCCACAAUCAUCUCAAGUACCGAAUUUACCGAAUCAUCCGCUCACAUCUCCAGUUUUUCACUCUCAAGAAUAUGUAGAAAGUUUUGGAAUGUACCAUAAUAAUGGACAUCCUGCACAUGCAGCAGCCGUACACAGCGGAGGUUAUCAUUCAGAUAGUGAACAACAUCAUAGCAACGGACCGAAUAAACAAAAGGAUGAUACUCAACAAAAUUCCGAAAAUAUUCAAGAUCAACCUAGUCCGCAGGUAAACGGUGGCGAUAAUAAUGUUCAAUCUAACAAUAUAAAUCCAAAUGAUAAAGGCUCAAAAUCACCCGUAUCAGUGAACGGGACCAAUGAAAGCGCCACGAAGAUUAAUCCAAGAUCAAAGUAA